AUGCGUCCUUUCUCAGGCAAGUUAGGCAUCCCGACGUCGUACGAGCUCGCCUCAUCUCAACAGGCUGCUGUGCCUGAUAAGAGUGACCAUGCUCAGGAAGGUGAAUAUGCUAGCGUUUCGAAUUUACGUAUGUGCCGCGUAAGAGGGCUGUUGUUGCAUCAGAUUGAGAGGUUGGCAAUGCAAAACGUUCAAAGUCCACUGCAUCUAGCAGACGAUACGUUUUGGAAUGACCCCGAAACAUUGGCAGCGAUAGAUUCAAUCGAGAAGGCGGUUGAGUGGCGUAACACUCUUAACGAACGUCUCAAGAGAAUGCAACGCGAUGGUCCCAGUUUUAGCUUGGGUAUCAGUAUCUCAUCGGAUGAUGAUGAUGCAAAUCAGGGUCGUCGGCCCACGGGCGGGGCUUCCGCGACUCCCAGCGAUAUUCCUCAGACAACCGAGAAGUCACCCGAAAUUGCCACGCAACUAGACGGUGUUGGAUUGCCCAAUCAACCGAUCAUUGGGGAAGAAAAUGAAUUGCAGACUAAAGGUGGUGUGUCGAUAGAAGUUGAUGAUGCGUUGGCUCAAGGUGAUGACGUUCACAGGCCACAGAGGCCAAAGAGGCACGUCAAGCACGUGCAUGUGCAUACAAUGUGCACGACAUACCCAACAUACCCAACUGUACCAAUGAGUGCCAUCACAUUCGCGCAAUUAUCACUCUACUGCAAUGCACAAGUUUACAAUGAAUAA